AUGAUAAAAGUUUUGCUUGUACUCGUUCAUAUCUAUCUUUAUCAUUUCUUAUACAUACCAUCAAUUUCUGUAAGACAUUUUUUCACGCAACGACGCAGUUGUAGAUCAGCAAGUAUAGUCGCUGCAAGUAUGGACGAUGAAACAUCAGAAGCUGCCGAGCAAGACAUUCAAAUGCUCACAUCUGCUACACAACUCGCAAUUCGUGAUUAUGUAAAACUGUCAAAAAGCUCAGAAAAUUGUUUAAAAAUGGUCGUUUCACCCUUUCAAUAG